AUGAGCUUCUUCGGAUUCGGGAGGCCAGCGGACGUUUCGAUAAGGUUGUCUGAUGAAAGCACGCGGCGCAGGGUCUUGCAUAAUGUCUCAGAUAGAAAAAAAGAGCCCUUGUUGCUCUACUACGACGGAGAAACCAUCGCUGGCAUGGUUGACGUCAACUUAAAAAAGUCAAACGUGAAAAAAGUUGAUCACAAGGGAAUUCGCGUUGAAGUCACUGGUCAGAUUGAAUUGUUCAACGAUCGAGGGAACACCCAUGACUUCCUGUUUCUCGUCAAACACUUGGCCGGUCCAGAGUCACUAACGAGCGACAGGUCGUACGAAUUCGAGUUUCCAAACGUUGAAAAGCCUCACGAAAGCUAUCAUGGAACGAAUGUUCGAUUACGCUACUUUGUCAAGGCUACUGUCAUGCGUGGGAUGGCACAGCCAAAUAUAACCCAGGAGCUUGAGUUUGUCGUCCACAUGCUCAGCGCAUAUCCCAAUGUGCCUAACCCUCUCAAAAUGGAGGUUGGCAUUGAGGACUCUCUUCAUAUCGAGUUUGAGUACAACAAAUCCAGAUAUCAUUUGGAUGAGGCGAUCAUCGGGAAAAUUUCUUUUAUUCUUGUGCGCGUCAAGAUCAAACACAUGGAGAUCGACUUGAUCCGAAGGGAACAAACAGGCAGCGGUCCAUCCAACUACAUGGAGCAAGAGUCCAUCGGCAAAUACGAAAUCAUGGACGGCGGGCCGGCCAAAGGCGAAGUCAUUCCCAUCAGAUUGUUCCUCAAAUCUUUCCAAGGGCAGCCAACAAUGAAGGAAGUGGCGAAGAAAUUCUCUGUAAGGUACUUUCUGAACUUGGUCCUAGUUGACGAAGAGGACCGCCGCUACUUCAAACAACAGGAGAUCACCCUCUGGAGAAAAGCGUAUCUAAAUGAGAACCGUAUUCCAACAAAUCAGUUUAUAUCCUCACAGCUUCCAAAUGGCAAUUUUGUGAACGAGAAGGCAGAGCAGCCUCCCGUUGACGACGAUAAAUCAGCGCUAGUGGCCUCUGAAGCGCCCGAAGCAGCAUUCUAA